CAUCUUCUUCAAAUUCUCUGCAACUACAAUCAAUUUGGAACAAAAAUGGCGAAAUUAAAUUGCAUAACCCGUGCAUCAUCUCUCGUUUUCUUCCAUCCUCGACCAAUCUUAUCUUUUCGUACACAACUACUCUGCAAGCCUUUCAUAUCACAAUCUAUAUAUUCAUAUUCCACCACCAAAACUCCAUUUCCACUUCAAUACGAAAUGAUAAUCUCCCGCCCACCUCAAACUCCGAACCUCCACCAUCCUCGCCGCCGGAGACCACCACCACCACUCCCGAAUUCGAAACCAUCCGACUCCGACCCAAAUUCCCAAUUGGGCUUCGAUGAUUGGGUUGAUAUGAAAUUAACUUCAGAAUCAGCACAUGGAUCAUCCACACAAAAUCAAGAUAUAAAGCAACCUAUGUUUUUGAAUGAAGAGAUGGAUAGAUCAAAGAGGAAGUAUUACAACAAGAGGCAAAAGAGGAUGUAUGGUUCGGAUUCAGAAGAUGACGAUGGUAAGCAUGAAAACAAGUAUAUAGAGUUAAAUCAAGAAGUUGUUAAGCUACGCACAUUGCAUAAAAGAGAAGAGGAAUUAUAUUUCUAUGAUGCUUUUGCAUAUCCAUGGGAAAAGGAUAAGCAUUAUAAGAUGGUGUAUCAGUUGGAGAAGAAGUUUUUUCCUGAUCAAUGUUUUGAUAAGGCGUUUCUUGAACCAGGUCAAUCGAAUGGAAUUAUGGAGGAGGAGAAGAAGAAGAGGGUUGCUGUUAAAAAUGGUGGGUUGAAGAAAGAUGAGAAGAGAUUGGUGUUUUUUGAGGAGGAAAAGGAAUUGAAGGAUGAAGAUGGGAAGAAAGAUGUGAAAAUGGACAUUACAGAGAAGAAAGUUGAGGAGUUCUUCAAGUGUUUGAAGAAAGUCCCUAAUGAAAAAAAUGAAGUUGAUAACACACUACCAUUCAUAUCGGGUAGGAGUUCCGGGCUUCCUCCUAAAUGGGAUGGUCCAACUGGAGCUGUUCUUUUGGUCAAUAAACCAAAAGGAUGGACUUCAUUUACGGUUUGUGGGAAGUUGCGCCGCCUGGUCAAUGUUAAGAAGGUUGGGCAUGCAGGGACCCUUGAUCCUAUGGCAACUGGUUUGCUUAUUGUAUGUAUUGGCAAAGCAACAAAGUUGGUUGAUAGAUUUCAGGGUAUGGAUAAAGGUUAUAGCGGAGUCCUUCGUUUAGGCGAAGCUACCUCAACUCUAGAUGCUGACUCACCGGUAAUACAACGUGAGCCAUGGGAGCACAUCAAGGAUGAUGACAUAAAGAAAACCGCUGCAUCAUUUUGUGGGGAAAUAUGGCAAGUUCCUCCAAUGUUCUCGGCCAUUAAAGUUGGAGGUGAGAGGCUAUAUGAGAAAGCAAGAAGAGGAGAAAGUAUCGAACUUUCACCAAGACGGAUAUCAAUUUUCCAGUUUGAUGUUGAGCGAAGUCUUGAAGACAGACAAAAUGUGGUUUUCAGGGUGACAUGCUCAAAAGGGACGUAUAUCCGAUCCCUAUGUGCAGAUUUUGCCAAGGCUCUCAACAGCUGUGCUCAUAUGACUGCUCUACGAAGAGAUUCCAUUGGGGAAUACUCAGUAGAUGAUGCAUGGGAAUUCACAGACUUAGAAAGAGAAAUCCCCAAAAGUUAUAUAUAGAUUUUGUUGUUCAACCCUUUUGAAUUGUGAUUGAAUCUUAGACCCAUCUUUAAUGGGUUUUUUUUUUUUUUUUUAAUUUUUGUGUUGAGGUGGAAACUUGAAAGGUGAGGCUAAUGAAAGUUGAGAGGAUCUUUAUUUGGAUUAUGUAUGAUGUUAAAAUUAGGGAUUAUUUGUACACAA